AUGAACAAGUCUCCGUUUGUUUCAAGCUCACUCGAGAGAAGGUAUCCCAUUGAUAUAUCCGAUGGAAUACUCCAAGAGAUUACACAAUACAGUGUGUUCGAGCUUAUCAGGGACAUAAGAGAUCCCGAACAUUCUUAUACCUUGGAACAGCUUGGAGUGGUGUCAAGAGAGGGAAUAACCAUUGGACUCAUUGAUUCCGAUGGAAUUGCACCUAGUGCCGGACUCCCAAUUAAGUAUAUAAAAGUAAUGUUCAAGCCAACCAUACCGCACUGCUCUAUGGCAGCAAUAAUAGGGCUGUGCAUAAAGGCACAGAUAAACCAAUACAUAGAAAAUCAUUUUAUUCAAGUCCACAUAGUAAACGACGGACAUAUAAACUUCAAGGCACUUAACAAGCAGUUAGAUGACAAAGAUAGAGUCCUUGCUGCAAUGGAGAACGAGACUUUGCUUGACCUUAUGAAGGAAUGCCUGCCUAGACAUGGUGAGCUACUGGAUAUGCCCAAGUAA